CCCAGCACCUUCCCUGUCGUCCCCUGGGCUCUCUUUCUCACUUUCCGGCGGUGGGAGGCGGGCGAGAAGGGAGCCAUGCAGUCGGAGUCGGGGAUCGUGCCGGAUUUCGAAGUCGGGGAGGAGUUUCACGAAGAGCCCAAAACCUAUUACGAACUCAAAAGUCAGCCUCUGAAGAGCAGCAGUUCCGCGGAGCAUCCUGGGGCCUCCAAGCCUCCGAUAAGCUCCUCCAGCAUGACAUCACGCAUCUUGCUACGCCAACAACUCAUGCGUGAGCAGAUGCAGGAGCAGGAGCGCAGAGAGCAGCAGCAGAAGCUGCAGGCCGCCCAGUUCAUGCAACAGAGAGUGCCCGUGAGCCAGACACCAGCCAUAAACGUCAGCGUGCCCACCACCCUUCCUUCUGCCCCGCAGGUGCCCAUGGAAGUCCUUAAGGUGCAGACUCACCUGGAAAACCCCACCAAGUACCACAUACAGCAAGCCCAAAGGCAGCAGGUAAAGCAGUACCUUUCUACCACUUUAGCAAAUAAACAUGCCAACCAAGUCCUGAGCUUGCCAUGUCCAAACCAGCCUGGCGAUCAUGUCAUGCCACCAGUGCCCGGGAGCAGCGCACCCAACAGCCCCAUGGCUAUGCUCACACUUAACUCCAACUGUGAAAAAGAGGGAUUUUAUAAGUUUGAAGAGCAAAACAGGGCAGAGAGCGAGUGCCCAAGUAUGAACACACAUUCCCGCGCGUCAUGUAUGCAGAUGGAUGAUGUGAUUGAUGAUAUCAUUAGCCUGGAAUCAAGUUAUAAUGAAGAAAUCCUGGGCUUGAUGGAUCCCGCCUUGCAGAUGGCAAAUACGUUACCGGUCUCCGGAAACUUGAUGGACCUUUACAGCAACCAAGGCUUGCCACCGCCAGGCCUUACCAUCAGCAACUCCUGUCCAGCCAACCUUCCCAACAUUAAAAGGGAGCUCACAGCGUGUAUUUUCCCUACAGAAUCGGAAGCAAGAGCAUUGGCUAAAGAGAGGCAAAAAAAGGACAAUCACAACUUGAUUGAACGAAGAAGAAGAUUUAACAUAAAUGACCGCAUUAAAGAACUAGGUACUUUGAUUCCCAAGUCAAAUGAUCCGGACAUGCGCUGGAACAAGGGAACCAUUUUAAAGGCAUCCGUGGACUAUAUCCGAAAGCUGCAACGAGAACAGCAACGUGCAAAAGAACUUGAGAACCGACAGAAGAAGCUGGAGCAUGCCAACCGACACUUGUUGCUCAGAAUACAGGAGCUGGAAAUGCAGGCUCGAGCCCACGGACUUUCCCUAAUUCCGUCCACCGGCCUCUGCUCUCCUGAUUUGGUGAAUCGGAUCAUCAAGCAAGAACCAGUUCUUGAGAACUGCAGCCAGGAUCUCCUGCAGCACCAGGCGGAGCUGACUUGCACCACCACCCUUGAUCUCACCGAUGGCACCAUCACCUUCAACAGCAGCCUGGGGACUGGGCCUGACAGCAACCCCGCCUACAGCGUCCCCACAAAGAUGGGAUCCAAACUGGAAGACAUCCUGAUGGACGACACCCUCUCCCCCGUGGGCGUGACCGACCCGCUCCUCUCCUCCGUGUCCCCGGGAGCUUCCAAAGCCAGCAGCCGGAGGAGCAGUAUGAGCAUGGAAGAAACGGAGCACGCGUGUUAGCGCCACACCCCCUCUGACAGCAUCACCGACAGCUCCUUUUCUCUCCAUUAGUAGACUUCAUAACUUAACCCGAAAGGGUUUUCUUGAUAAUUUUCCUUUAAUAUGAAUUUUUUUCAUGCUUUAUCAAUAGCCCAGGAUAUAUUUUAUUUUUAGAUUUUUGUGAAACAGACUUGUAUAUUCUAUUUUACAGCUACAAAUGCCUCCAAAGUAUUGUACAGUAAAGUGCGCAGUAUCUGUGAAACGAACUCUCCGGACAGGAGCUUUCUGAGCAAGAGGAUUUUUGCAUCAAAGAAGUAUCUGUGUGCAUUUUUUUAUUAUUAUUAUUCAGGGGAAAACUUGGCUUGAGAUUUUUAUGCUUGUGACUUCUUUGGCAAUUACAUGUAAAGUUUAAUUGAAAGAAUGUAAAGCAGCCCCCACUCCCACCCCUCCAUAAAAACACAAAGAAGAAAAAGAGGAGAAGAAGAAAAAGAGGAAAAGACACCCAUACUAACCUUUUUCCAGUUUAUAAAUGUAUUGAUUCAUUGGUACUGCCUUAAAGACACAGUGCCAUUCAUUCUAGUAUCAUUUAGUCUUUAUACUGCAAAGUAUUUAACAAAAUAGUAUAUAUUGUAUAAGACAAAAAAAAUCACUCAUUUUCAUGAGGGUUGUCUGGUUAGAAUAUGUAACUGAUACUAACCAAAAUUGAAAGGAGCUAGUCCAAGGCUCUGAAGAUUAGACCUGGGGUCCAGUCUUCCUUUUAUGUGGUACAGGUACAGUUCUCUUCUUUAAUGAGUGUGAUCCGAUUUUUUCAUAAGAUGUAUUUUAUUUUGAAGUGGAAGGGAAUGUCCUCUCAAAGUAAAAUACUGAGGAGCACUGAAAGUUCCCCUUUUUUUUCAAUUUCAUUUUUCUUGCUUUUUGAUAAGACAACUGGGCAUAUUUCUAAUUGGCUUUACUGUUUUUAUUUUUAAAUUCUGUUUCAGUCAUCUGAUUUGUACAGAUUCUUUAUUAUCAUCUUUCUUUUCAGUGUUUGUAUUAAUUUGUAAGAAUUUGCAUCUUAAAAUAGCAAGUUUUCAAUAUUUUUUACAGCUCAUUGGUGGUUUUCUGCAUUCUUUGUACACCCAAGAAAGAAAACUUUUCUGCAAGGUCUUGCAUUUAAAGCAAGCUUUGCAAAUAUUUUGUACAUUACAAUCUCACUCAAAUACUGUUUUUCAGUACACUUAAGAUGUAGUAUUAAUAGGUUUAAACCAGGCUUUCUAGAAAAAAAUACACUUACAUAUUUAUUUUUAGGAUACGAAAAUAGCAAUAUUCUUGGAAACUGAUAACCACCAUAGAGAUGCUACAUCCAUUAUGGCCAUUUAAAUUGGGAUUUAUUGCAACAAACUUGCUGGAUCUUUUUUUUUUUCCUAAGAGAGAGAGAAAAAAAUACUAUAUUGGCAAAUCACUGUUACUUGUUAACAAGUUUCUUAACAAGCAGACAUGUUGUAAAGUUAGUUUUGGUGCAUUAUCUACUUGUGUAGCCCUAUGCAAUAACAGUAGUGUUACAGAUAUCAAGCCUAGAUGUUAUACAGACAACUUAUAGUGUUAUAAGCCAGGCUGUUGGAUGGAUUUCACAGCAGCAGCCUACGAUUGAAUAGUGAGUGGCAUAAAGCAUAUCCAUUCAGAAUGAAGUGCCUUAAACGUAGCAGUAGUCUCUUUUGGCCUAGCACUGACUGAACUAUAAAGUCAGAGAAAGUCACAUGAUGGUAUCCAUAGUGAAAGGAACAUGUAGCAUGGUGCCUAUGUAGACAAUAUAAGAGCUUCCAAUUUUUCCUCCAGAUAUUUUUAAUAUGAAAUAUAUUUUAGUGACAGAGUGCCAACUUCUUUCAUCAGAAAACCUUAUUCAGGAGGGUUUUUUUUAAGUGUUUAAAUGUCAAAUGUGAAUUGGUGAUGGAUGAUGAAAGGGCUUGAGAGAAGCGAUUGUCAGAUGUCUGAAUGGAUGGCCUAGGUGAAAAUAAUCAAGUGCAUAGAUCCCGUGCACGUCGGGCAAUUGAGUAUCCUUGGAAACAUUGAUGAUGCUUUCAGUUUUAUAGCUUUAUUACUUAAGGGGGUAGGGAAAAUAACUUCCCAUUCUUUCAACCCCCUUAGUUGUAUAGCUCUUUUCCUAGACUAGUAAUGCAAAUCUGCAUGAACAGCUAAUUGUACCAUAGUGUUCAUUGAUACAAUCAUAGCAUUGUCUAUUUUUCUCUUCAUAUUUAUAUGGGGGAGAGGGGACUGGAUACCCAAGUUGAAGAUGGCAAUACUAUGGUGGUAGUUUUCCUUAGCUGAUUUUGAAGGGUUUUUAAGAAUAGAGCAAAGUUUCACAAAGUUGACUAACCCAUGGCCCAUGCUCCACCUAUGGUGGAGCAAUUGUAUGUUCAGAAAGCUUUGUGGAGGAAGGUAUGGCAUUUUUUUACCACUGCCCUGAGUCUUGCAGCCUCUAAGCUUGCUAUCACCUGCUUUCCUGUCUUUAGCCUCUUGAGAGACACCUGUUGGGCCAGGCAGAUGAGCAAGGACAGGAAGGAUGCAACCUUGGGGGUGGUUUUAUUUAUUUCUUUUUUGCCAAACAGUGUGUGGAUUUGAUUUAGGGACUAGUUGAGCCAAGAGGCAGUGACUUGAGCUUGUUUUUAACAAGGGAAGGAUCCUGACCUCUCCCCUAAUCCCUGGGUGCAGAAUUGUAACUCAGGGUUGGGCCUCCCCUUUGGAGUGACCAAAAUACCAAAAUAUUUCACCUGCCUCUAGGUAAGG